GUCACAGGUACACAGGAUACUGAGGUCGGGUCUGAGUGAGAGAGAGACAGCGAAGACGCUGGUUGCUUAGAGAUAUUUUUGCUUAAAGGAGGGCACUGACAGCCUGCCUUAUGUGUGGCUCCUCUCAAGGCUUCACGGCCUCCUCCUCUCAGCACACCACAGCCAUGUUAACCUCAGAAAGAUCCCUGCAAAGCUCAGAGAUCAUCACAGCAGCCAUGCCCGAGACACAAGACGUAGACAUGACAUCAUGGAGAGAGGAGCACUUUGAGAAAAAGUGCACUUAUUUUGUGAAGGACCAGCCUCUUGAAGAGGAGUGUGAAAACAAGCGCAGGACGCGAGCUGAGAGAUCCUUACCCAGGAACCUGGCCCUAAAACGCUCCCAUGACUCUGCAGAGGUGCUGGGUGUAACGAGUAAAGAGCUGAUUCCAAAGGGGACACGUUUUGGCCCACUGGUUGGGGAAAGCUACACCAAUGAAACGCUGCUGAAAGACGCUAACAGGAAGUACUUCUGGAGGAUUUUCUCGGAAGGUUGUUUACACCACAUCGUAGAUGGUUUGAACGAGGAUCGGAGCAACUGGAUGCGCUACGUCAACCCGGCCUACACUGUGGAGGAGCAGAACUUGGUUGCCUGCCAGAACGGUUUGGAAAUCUACUUCUACACCAUCAAACCACUCCAGCCAGGUCAGGAGCUACUGGUGUGGUACUGCACUGAAUUCGCCCAACGCUGCAACUACCCCCCACUGGGACAACUGGCCAUUCAAAAUACUGAACAUAGUCAAGCUCAGGAGAAGACGACAGGGAAAAGAGGUCACAGUGUCUCUGAAAUUCUCCAAGAUGAGCCUUCCAAACCUCUUACAACCUGCAUCACUCGUAUGGACAGUUCUUUGUCUCAGACAACCCUCUCAGCAGCUUUACCCCUGUGUCCACGUGUCGUCUACCCAAUCCAGCCAACAUCAGAAUCUAUCCAUGGUCACAGAUACGUCACUCUGCCAUCCUGUAGCCCUCCUGCUGCCAAAAGGCCAGCCCUUAGUAGUCCCGCCCCUUAUGGUCUGCACUUCAACUUCCAGCACAGUCAGGCACCACUUGCAGCUAAACCUUACCAAGAGGCCUCUGUGCCUGGUGGUCAGAUUCAUCCUGCUCUGAGGAAUUCUCCCUAUCUACAGCCUCACUACUCACUCGGCCUUAACGGCAUCCUACCUCACUCAUACCCUCUCUACAGUGAGCGACUGAAACCUCCCCUAACACUCCCAUCUCCUUUACUGCCUUUUAAUGAUUAUGCACACUUCCUCCAUCCUCUGGCCAGCAGAUACAAAGACUUGACACGGUCACUAACAAACUCCAAACAAGACCUCAUUCUUUCACCAACCAGGGAGCUCAAAGACAACAAAAACCUCAUGACCAAAAGGACAAACUACCUCACGAUCCCCUCAGACAACCUCAGAGAAUUCAAACAAGCCGACCUCGCUUUACCUACCACAUCCAGUGCCUCAUCCAUGAUCACCUCGCAGAGUCACAGAGCACUGCCAUCACUUGCACCUGGAGGAUGCUCACCACCAGUGGGCAUGGCCGCCUUUUCAGACUGCCUCCCUGCAAAACCCAUCUCUGCAACUCAGAGCAAUACAGACGAUGCAGUUGACCUCAGGAAGACCAAACUCAGCGGACAAAUGAUUGGCUACAAAACCCUGUCGUACCCCCUCAAGAGGCAGAAUGGAAAGAUCCGGUAUGAGUGCAACAUCUGUGGAAAGGUCUUUGGGCAGCUUUCCAACCUCAAGGUCCAUCUGAGAGUGCACAGUGGAGAGCGCCCCUUCAGGUGUCAGACCUGCAAUAAGAACUUUACUCAGCUGGCGCACCUGCAGAAACACUACCUGGUUCACACAGGAGAGAAGCCUCAUGAGUGCAAGGUAUGCCAUAAGAGAUUCAGUAGCACAAGUAACUUGAAGACCCACCAGCGGUUACACUCAGGUGAAAGGCCUUACCAAUGCAAGCUCUGCCCAGCCCGUUUCACACAGUUCGUCCACUUAAAGCUCCACAAGCGCCUCCACACUGGAGAACGACCUCACCGGUGUCCCCACUGCCCUUGCGCCUAUCUCCACCACUGCAGCCUCCAGGUUCACCUCCAAGGUUUCUGCCCUCUCUCUCCCUCGGCCUCCCAAAGGCACUCUCCAGAGGAGCUACAUCGAGUCAACUCUGAGAUCGAGAGGUUUGACAUGAGCGAGACGGCAGAGCAGCUUGAGGCUAUGGCUGCGGAGGCUGAGAUGGACAAGAGCAACAUUAUGGACUUAAUAAAGACAAUGGAGUCACAUACAUCUGGCCAUAGGGAGGGCGCCAAAGAUGAGACCCAGCUGAGCGUGUACAAAUCAGCAAAGGCUGUACAGCUGCUGCACCACGGCAGCACUUUACCUCUGCAUGCAACUAACAUCAAGCUGGAGUCAGGCUGCAUAUCAGAGCCCUAAGACAGCCUUGCUAAUCCAACCAUAUAAUCCUUACAGGUCAACUCAGCAGCUGUCUGUUACUGCCCUAUUUGAAGAAGACCCUAAUCUUAAGCAUGGAUUGCCUUGCCUAUAUUCUACAGAGGCUUUAACAUGUGAAGAAUUAAGACUUUCCCAGCAUGGCCUGGGACCACUGACUUGAUUGGUUUAAUGCAUACAUCUUUGUUAACUUAUUCUAUUGCUAAUAUUAAAGUAAAUGUAUAAACAGAGAGAGACUGUUGAC